AGGCAUUAAUGAAGAGAGUAUUUUACCAAAAAAAUUUUCUUUUUGGAAAAUGUUGGUUAUUGUUAUCGUGUCUGUGUUGAUCGCCGGAUCUUCCACAGUAACUGUGCAACCGGGUCCUACCGGUAACAUUUUGGCAUUUGAAAGCGAAGUCUCUAAAAGGUUACCAGGAAACGAGCUUAAUAUUGUUACCCAUAUUCCACUUAUUGGUAACCAUGUUCUUCAUUACUGGGCUCUCGAAGUUAUACCCCACAGUUAUGGGAUAUAUUUGUUUUGCAGAAAUCAAGGUUCAAACCAUGUACAAAGUAUCGACAUAUAUACUCGUAAUCCGACCUCGUCAGUAGAUAUCAUUGGAAGAGCACGACAAUUAGCUUUGAAGAGAGGUCUCUCAGUACCGGAUAGUUUUGUUAAAUUUGAUAAUAAUUGUUAUCUAUAA